AUGGGUGCUCAAUCAUCAAAAGAACAAGAACAACAACAAAAAGACCAUUAUGACUAUGAAAAGUACACUGAAUCCUCCUCCUCUGCUGUCUCUAUGCUGUCAAAUCAAUAUGCUCAUCUAACGUUGGAUGAAGCAGAUGCUCGUCGCUACAAUACCGCUAGUCUCUCCACGGACACACUUGCCAAGUACUCUAAACGCUUUUACGAGGAUGACAAAAACUUGCUGGCCAGAAAUGCCAUUGUUGGUACCGACCCCACCCAAGUCAUGUUGAACCCUCAAGCUGCCUUAAAAGACAAGCAUGUCUUUAACGUCAAACUGGAUCUGGAGGGAAGUGCUACCAACCAGAAAUCAAGCGGUCGUUGCUGGAUUUUUGCUGGUACCAAUGUCAUGCGCUUACAUGUCAUUCAAAAGUACAAGUUGGCUGAUGACUUUGAACUCUCUCAAAGCUACUUGUUCUUUUACGACAAGCUUGAAAAGGCAAACUGGUUCCUGGAGAACAUGAUUGACUUGGCCAAGGAGGACAUCAAUGAUCGCGUCGUGCAAUACCUCUUGACCGACCCUGUCGGCGAUGGCGGCCAAUUCGACAUGCUUAUCAAUUUGGUGGAGAAAUACGGUGUUGUGCCCAAGAGCGUCUUCCCUGAAACUUAUGCUAGCUCCAACUCUCGUCGUCUCAAUUGGCUGGUCACUGUCAAAUUGCGUGAGUUUGCUACCCAAAUUCGCAAAUCAGUUGACCAAGGCCUCUCUGUGCAAGUGAUUCGAUUCCUCAAGGACAAGAUGAUGGAAGAUAUCUACCGUAUCCUUGUUAUCUCUCUUGGUGAGCCCCCUUCUCAGUUUGAUUGGGAAACAACUGAUAAGGCUGGUAAAUACGUUGGCGUGCAUCAUUUGACCCCUAAAAAGUUUUUCCGUGAGGUCGUCGGUUACAACAUUGCAGAGACCUUGUCGCUCAUCAACGAUCCUCGCAAUCCCACCAACAAGCUGUACACAGUGGACCGUUUGGGCAACAUUGUUGGUGGAAAGCCCAUUCGCUAUGUCAACACGACGUCUGACACACAGAAGCAAUUGGCUGUCAAUGUCUUGAAAUCAGGUCGUCCUGUGUGGUUUGGCUGUGAUGUUGGCCAGUUCAGCAGCAAUCAGAUAGGCGCAAUGGAUACCAAGAUCUUUGACUACAGUUUGGCAUACAACGUCGAGUUUGGUUUGACAAAGGAGGAGAGAUUGUUAUACAAGGAAAGUGCCAUGACUCAUGCUAUGGUGUUCACUGGCGUGCACCUUGAUAAGGACGGUAAACCUGUACGCUGGAGAGUGGAGAACAGCUGGUCUGAUACCUCUGGUGAUAAGGGCUUCUGGGUGAUGACUGAUGAUUGGUUUUCUUCCUUUGUUUACCAGCUUGUGCUUGAAAAGAGCGAUGUGCCCCGCAAAUUGGUCAACUUGCUGGAUACAGACCCUAUUGUGUUGCCCGCUUAUGAUCCUAUGGGUGCAUUAGCUAGCUCUCAAUAA